AUGACCGCGGAAACCGAUUGGACGCAAAUCUCGUUCGAAGAGGGACGGCAGACGCUGAAAAAAUGGCGAGAGUGUGGCGUUCGUCGGAGUGAAGAAGUCGUUGAGAUCUGGGAGCACGUCAUCUCGCGAUCGCCGACGUCGCUAGGCGACGAACAGUGGGCAGUGUUGGAGCAGGUCUGCAUCGCGGCUCUUGACUCGGCUCGCGUCGAUUUGGCUCAAGAAUGCAUCGAUCAACUUCACAUUCAGUUCCCGAAAAGCAACAGAGUCUUAAAACUGAAAGCGAUGCAGUUGGAAGCGACGGAGCACUAUCAGAAGGCGUUGGAGAUCUACGAUCGACUUGUGGAGGACGAUCCGAACAAUAAUAGCUAUCGCAAGCGAAAAGUCGCCGUUCUUCUGGCCCAAGGAAAACGUCUGGACGCUAUCAAAGCGAUCAACGAUUAUCUCAAGAUCUUCCUCAAUGAUCCAGAGGCGUGGCUUCAGCUCCACGAGCUGUUCCUUCAAGAGAACGACAUCGCAAAAGCGGUUCACUGUCUCGAAGAGUGUUGUCUCAUUCAGCCACUCAACUCAAUGUACUUCAGAAGACUGGGAGACUUGAGAUACACUCAGGGAGGAGCUGAGAACAUCGACUAUGCUCGUCGUUACUACGAGCGCGCGCUGAAAAUCAAUCCGACCGAUUUGAGAUCUCAAUAUGGAAUUUUGCUGAGCAAUAACCAAAUCGCGUCGACUACGAAAAAUGCUGCUGAGAAGAAGAAGGCUGGGUUAGCCGCCGUUGAGGCUAUCGAUGAGCUAGUGAACCGCUAUCAGAAGGUCAGCCCACAAAACAACCCCGAAUCCGACGGAAUUCUCAACUGCCUCGAGGCAAUGAAAGUGACAGUUGGAAGCAAAUAA